AUGCCUGCAGGACCACCAUGUCCGUCGGAAAUACCUACAUAUUAUCCAUUAACCCUACAUAUAAUUGCUGGUAUUUCAAUUCCAAUUAAUUUUAUCGGGUUCUAUUUAGUUUGGUUUCAAUCUCCAAAAAUGCUUGGCUAUAAAUAUUGCCUUUGCUAUUUACAGUUCGCAAGUUUUCUGACAGAAAUGCACAUGUCCUUCAUCUGCCCCGGCUAUUAUUUCUUCCCACUGACUGGCGGUUUCAAUACAGGCGGACAAUUUAUAAGUUCACAUCUUAGUAUUACAAUUUACACUUUUAUUUUCUCAUUUGAAGUUCCUUCAACACUUUUAUGCUUUAUUUAUAGACAUACUUCGUCUCAGAAUAUUAGUAAAAAGACAAAUCCAUCGUCAAAAUCAAAGUUAUAUUUGGAAAAGGCAUCGUUAAUUUUAACUCAUUUAUUCCCAUUUUCAUCUGCAUUUUGCAUGUGGAAUUCUAAAAUUACCAGCCGACAAAAACAGAAUUUUGUUAAAAAUAACUGGCCGCAAUGCUCCAGUUGGCUAGAGCUUGAAGCUUUUGAAGUCUAUAAUUACGAGUCUAAUCAAUGGCUGGCAGCUCUCGGAGCUGUGGUUUUUGGAACUAUUUUGCUAUCCUACUCGUACGCAAUGACACUUGGCAUCCACACUAUGACUAUUCUACGAAAAGUUCGAAAAUCCAUGUCUCGUCAGACAUAUCAAAUGCACAAAAAUGCACUUUUCAGCUUAGUUAUGCAAAUUGUGAUUCCGGGGGUGUUUAUUAUAGUGCCAUUGAGUAUUUGUAUGUUUGUGAUUAUAACAGAGGAAGUUUCGUUGCAAGAACUAGCCACUGACACAAUGUUCCUCGUCGGCUCUCACUCGAUGUGCUCCAGUGCAGUCAUGAUAUUAAGCAAUCCCAAAUAUCGAUGUGUCCUGAAGACUAAAAUUCUCAAGUUCGUGGGACUCAGUGUGCAAAGCAAGAUAUAUCCGAGCUCGGUGAGACCGAGUCCGGGGUUGAGCCCGAGAUUGAGUAUUUCGAGAUUUCCGUCGAUAAGUUGA